CGCUAUGGGGCGCGGAACCGGACGGAGGUCGUGAGCGUCCGCGGCGGCUUCUGACCUCGCCUCUGGCGGAAGGACCGAAGGGCGGGCUGUUGGACCCUGGGUUAUCGCCAGCCCUACGGAGCCCCGACAGCUGCCAUCACAGGUUCCACUUAGCUGGACAUCUGAGACAAGGCAGGGAGAGGGCAUGGGGCGGUGACACAUGGGCAGACAAGGUGAGGUGGCAGAGCCCCUGGAAACAGAUGACGUCUGAGGCCGAGCGCAGUCCCCUGGGAGUGUUCGAGUGCCAGCUCUGUGCCCUGACUGCACCCUACAGCUACGUGGGACAGAAGCCCCCCAAUACCCAGUCUGUCCUCCUCCUGGAGGAGAGCUACAUCAUGAAGGACCCCUUCUCGCCAGACAGGGGCAGGUUCCUGGUCCUCGGUGCGCAGUGCAGCGUAUGCAGCAGGCUGGUGUGCGUGGGCCCGGUGGGAAUGCAGUCUGUUCUACUCCAAGAGGUUCUGUCUGCCCUGCGUCCAGAAGAACCUCAGCGCCUUCCCGCCAGAAAUCCAGCAAGACCUGGAGAAGAGGAAAGCCCCCUCCUCCAAGCGGCCCUUGGGCAGGGCCUGUCCUGGGACAUGAGCGCAGCCUGCGCAGAGCCCACCCUCGGUGCCAGCCUCGUUCCUGGGAGCAGAUCUGCAGCUGAGCAGGCUGGGCACCCCCAAGACAGGGGGCAUGCCAGGCACAGCACUGCGGCCUCAGCGCCUCCUGGGUGAACAGUGGGCCGAGGUCACCAUGGGUGCAUGUGCAGCAGACACAGGAGCAGGGGAAGUGCUGCGGGGUCUGCCAGCGCUCCCCUCGGCAGGUGUAGAGGGGAGAGGGGUUCACUUCACACUUUGAGAGGUGGUUGAAAUCCUGACCAUGUUAAUCAUGAACUCAGAGAACCAGCUAAUGUUUUGAAAGGUAAUCCUUCCACUCAGCACUUGGAGACCAGAUGUCCCUGCAGGCUUUUUGGGUGGGCUGUGGCUGGGGAAGUUCCCCGUGGACACUGGGUGGGGAUAUCCCCAUGGUGGGUAUGGACAGUCCCCAUGGCCAGCCCCAGCUCAGAGCCCACCCCCUUCUCUCUCCCACAUCCCCAAGUCAGGUAGAGUGCCCCUGGCCAUCUUGGACUUAGCCCUCAGUGCUGGUGACGUCCAGCCGCCCCCCCGCCCCCCCGCCAGCCAAUGUCACCGUGGCCCUGCCCCCACACAGUGGCAUCCGUGGUGUCGAGCGCUGGGUGUCUGCUUAGCAUUUGCAGAGGCAGGGGCUGCUUUGUCCCACUUCAUGACCACUGCAAGGCCUCUGUCAUGUUUGAUAAAAGAUGGAUAAAGAGCUUUUUCUCACUGGUGUGUGCACUGGGUUUUAUUUUUAAAUGCCUACUGUUUGUUUUUUUUCCUACUUUUUUUUUUCAUUGUGCAUACCCAGUAAUUCUCACAUCACUCAAUGCACCAAAUAAUUUUUAAAAAUAGUUUAAUUUUUACAACCAUUAAGGCAAAACUGUACCCUGAAAUUAACUCUUUACAUUCACCAGUCUUACAGUAGGACAUUCCAGACAUACCAGUUCCGAUCAAUUCAGGAUAGAAAUCAAUACAUAUAGUCGGUUCAGUCUCCUUACAGGGAAAUGAAGAUGACCCAAAAUUUUUAAAAAUUAA